AUGGCUUCACCCAGAGGCAAAGGCAGCCGCGGUGACAUUGCCCCAAAGUGAAAGCGAAAGUAGGCCGAGGACAGAAGAGAAAGCGACAAGCUGUGGGGCAGCAAGGGCUGUUGGAGAGCCCCUCUUUCCCAGCCGGGCCCUUGCAAGCGGGGAGGCUGCGGAGAAGGGGGUGGCUGAGGAGGGGCCGGGGAGCAGCCCCCAUGGGCGCGGAGGGCUGGUGCCUGCUGCUCUGCUUGGCCCUCUCCGCGGCGGCGCCCGCAGACAGGCAGUGGCGGGCAGUGGAUGUGGUCUUAGACUGCUUCUUGGUGGAGGAAAGUGGGCAGCGUGGAGUUUUUGCCAGCAGUGGGAACAUGGUGAAGGCCUUGCUCGUGCUGAGGCAGGUGCCAGUGCUGGAUGAUGGCUCCCUGGAAGGCUUCACGGAUUUCCAAGGGGGCACACUGGCCAAAGAUGACCCACCUGUUACCUUCGAGGCCUCAGUGAACCUGGUACAGAUCCCCCAAGCCAAGGCCUUGCUCCAUGCUGACUGCAGCGGGAAGGAGGUGACCUGUGAGAUCUCCCACUAUUUUCUCCAGGCCAGACAAGAGGCCACUGUUGAGACAGCAGCUUGGUUCAUCACCAACGUGCAGGUGUCUGGAGGGGGACCUAGUGUCUCCAUGGUGAUGAAGACUCUCAGGGAUGCUGAGAAUGCGGCUGUCUUGCACCCCAAGCUGAACCUGCCCUUGAGCCCCCAGGGGACUGUGCAGACUGCAGUUGAGUUCCAGGUGACAACACGGACCCCGUCCCUGAAUUUCCUGCUGGGGUCCUCAGCCUCCUUGCACUGUGGCUUUUCCCGGGCCCCAGGACUGGACCUCGCCAGCGUGGAGUGGCGGCUGCAGCAUAAGGGCAGUGGCCAGUUGGUGUACAGCUGGACUGAGGGGCAGGGGCAGGCCAAGCGAGAGGGCGCUACCCUGGAGCCUGAGCAGCAACUCAUGGCCGGAGACGCCUCCCUCACCCUACCCAGCCUCACCCUGCAGGACGAGGGGGCCUACAUUUGCCUGAUCACCACCACUCUGUACCAAGCUCAACAAAUCAUCCAGCUCCACGUCCAAGCUUCCCCCAAAGUACGACUAAGCUUGGCAAACAAAGCUCUGACACCCACUCUCAUCUGCAUCGUCACUGGCUAUUAUCCUCUGGAUGUGGCUGUGACGUGGACCCGAGAGGAGCCAGGUGGAGCCCCCGUCCCAGUCUCUGGUGCUUCCUUCUCCAGCCUCCGACAAAGCACAGCAGGCACCUAUAGCGUCUCCUCCUCCCUGAUGGCAGAACCUGGCUCUGCAGGCGCCACCUACACCUGCCAGGUCACCCACAUCUCCUUGGAGGAGCCCCUUGAGGCCAGCACCUGGGUUGCCCCACCAGAGAAGAGGAUGGCCUUUGGAGUCCUUUUUGCCAGCAGCCUCUUCCUUCUUGCACUGUUGUUCCUGGGGCUUCAGAUAUGGCAAGCUACCUCACUAAGAUCUGAGGCCCUCUUGGCAGCCACUCUCCUACCUCAGAGUAAAAAGGAAGAAUAGUCACGUUCUCCCAGAAGGACUCUAAACCAAGUCCCAGAGCUCAAAAAGGCCACAAGAAAGGCAGGAAGGAGGUGCAGAUCAUGGGGCACUGGCUGUGGGCCUCUGCCUUCCCGCAUCGUGUCCCUGGGCUGACCCCCAAGGGAGAAGACAUGAAGACGUGAGAGGGCGGCAGGAAGGCAGGAUGUCCGGGUGGAGAUUAAAACAUGAGCCAGAUUUGAGGUGCAACGGUAGGAAAGGAAAACGGGAAGAAAUCAAGAAAGGAGCAAGUGAGGGACAGUGGGGCAAAUGGGUAGGGGGUGGGCCACCGCACCCAAAUAUUGAAGCUGUCCAAAUAAAAGCCCCUUGUGGCCUCAGAGACAAAGCUUUUCCACUGUCCUGUCUUUCCCCACACUGGAGCCAGCUGAGCCCCGCCCCCAAGCCUAGCCACUCCAACUUGCAAGGUGUUCACGGUGUGAAACGAAGGCCCUCAGAGGCAGCCCUGGGGCUCCCUCUCAGUUGCUCUGUGUAACCUUGAGCUGCAGUUAAGGUUCUCCCUUAGACAGGUGUUGAGUAUUUCAGGAUACCUACAGACUCCUCACUCCCUGAGCUGCAGGGAAGAGAUUUCUCUGCUUGUUCAUUUCUAAAAUGUGCCUGGUCAGGCCGGCCCCAUGGCUUAGCGGUUAAGUGCGUGCG